GAGAGAGACUAUAACGAGGGGGAACCACUACAGUUUUUAUAUACAGUCAAGCUCAUCCCCAUGGUUGCCAUCACAUAAAGCGCUCUGCAAACUGCCUCACUUUUUUUUCAGGACAACGGUAUUCUGCUUGAAGCCGGCCACUUAUUUUCUCAUUUUGUGGAAAGCGCGGAGAACUCCUAACGGGAAAUCCGCGACGGAGCCAAGAGCGAUAACUUAACCUUAGCACUGCAAGCCUGACGUUCCAGCAGGAGAGCACUGCAUUAUCCGCUCUUGCCGCACGCCAUGUAGCAUUCGACGUUACCUCCGCCUCAACUGACGUCCGUCGGCGCGCACACCCACCAACGGAUGCCCCCUACUGUGUUCUCAGUUGCGGCAGCUCACGUGUGGAGGACAUACAGUGUCGUGCGCAAACAGGGAGGGACCCUCAUACACAGAGGUUGGGAGAAUGCCGGAUGGUCGCACUUCAUCUUCGUCGUUCCAGGAAGGUGAACGGGCGCCACUGCAUCAUCUCCCGCGUAGAGCAAGCGUGUCAUCUUGACAUGCGCACUGCAGUGCUGGUGCCGCUACGUCACUGCACAUGCGCAGCUCGCGGAGCGUGGCCUCUGUUGCGUUCCAGUUCGUUAAGUUUGUACCUAGCUCACAGGAAUGGACGCUAACUGCAAGAAAAAUGUGCACGUGCUAGCUGCCUCACUUGUAACCUAACGGUGGAGUCAGAUGACGAAGUCGAUUCCUGGAGGUUCGCGGAGAUUAACAUGAUGACGUCAGCGGUGCCAGAGGAUGUGGGAGGAUACCUCACAGAGCCGGUAACCUCUCCGAUGCCAGAAAAUCUCACAUGACAGAUGCACAGAAACUAAAGUGUAAUUAUGUGCAAGGAGAAAUAGUAGCGGGGCGAACUGUCCUGCUCGCUUCAGUCCUCCGUGUACAAAGCACCUCUUCGUUUAAUGCCGUGUGACUAUGGUGGAGUAAACAGCGACUGUUCCUCGACUUUAAUGUAGUCCUCGACAGCUUCUGAUACUUUAACAACUCCAGUCUUUGAGUUACAUAAAGAAACCCAUAUGAAAAAGAAUAGUGAUUGCUUACUCCCAUGAUGGCAGUGGUCAACUCCACCAUCACGAACUCGUUGCUACUGACCACCCUGCUGGCCAAUUGUCAGCUGGUGACGGUGCCUCUGACCACGAGUGUGGCGAGGGGAGGUCAGCUGGUGUCCGGCAGGGAAGCCCUGUCUGCAGGAGGAGACGACCUCGGGUCACAGGAGAAGAUCGGGACAAAGGAUGACGCUUCCUUCAUCUCCAGGGAUGCUCCACCCAACAGCAGCAGCAAAAGUGGAGGAAAGCAGAAAUCCCACAAAUCAUCUGGAUCCUCUAAAUCAGCAAACAACGCACAUGAGGUUGCUGAAGACACUGACCCGGGCGCCGUGAUGUACAUCAUAGUGGUGUUGGUCUUCUACUCCACCGGCGUGAUGGUCAUGAUCGUCCGCUACCUAAAGACAGAGAAGAAGGAGCUUGAAGAGGAAGUCACACUAGAGAACUUCUUCAACAGCAUGCCCGACAAACGAGUAGAGAAAGAAUACACCGUCAACCGUGUUGCCAUCCGGGCAUUUCACACUCUCACUUCCAUUUCCUAUGAUGACGAGGAGUUGGAAAACAUGGACCUGGGCUCCGAGCCGGAAGGGGAUUUUCCCGACCGGAAGCGGGCCCACGAUUCGGCCUCCCAGCCGCUACUGGUCACGGAUUUAUGACAUAAGAAGCGGCGGGCGAGGUUCAGCAAGGUCUACUCGGUCCACUACGAAGAUGAGGAGCUGAGUUUGACCAAUGGCGCGAGGCGAGGGUCAGGGAGUGACCCUGAACCGCUGACCCUGCCUCGUUCGACCUCGCCUCCGCCGCAGUCGUCAAGCGAGAAGGACGCUGCUGAAGAUGCGCUUGAAGAACGAACGCCAAUGAACCUUGACCUCGAUAUGCCUCCAAAGGCAAGCGCAUGCGCAUCCUCGCAGGUCGACAACGAGAGUUUCGCCAAGCGCAGGUCGCUUCGUAAGCUCGUGCACAUGAAGGCAGUCGAGGGUUCUCCGGACUUGUCUAUAAGGCUUCUCGACAAGUCGGACAGCAGCGACCACGAGAGUGACAGUUCUCAUCAAUGGAGUCCUCCAGUAGCAGACUGCUCCGGAGCCAAGCAAGGCGAGGGCUCAGAGCGCUGCACCCGAGUCGCCAAAUCGUGGAGGUAUCUGGCUAGAGACAUGGGGUGGGGACGGCAGAUGAGUGGACGGUCUACCUACCCUGAAGAAAAUCCUGCGGACAACAUCCGCACAUUCAGGGUACUUGGUCGAGACUCUCUUUGUCGAUCGUUUGGGAAGAAUAGAUACCGCCGACGAAAAAGCUCGGAGGUCAAGGAAGACGGGAAGGAAGACAGUAUCAUGGACGGCCAAGGCCGCAGUGAGUGUGAUGUAGGUUCGCAAGACAUCGUUCUCGAAAGCGGACUCACUUUGAAAGAUCCCGACGACGAUAAAAUCUUUCCAGACACUUGUAUAUCUGAUCAUACAAGGACUCAGUCGAAAAGACCCGAACAUUUGCCGUUUCUCGUGACAGAUGUAUGAAAAGCUAGACAAGAAGAAUUGCAUCCAAAGGUAAAGGUAAAAAAAA